AUGAUAAAUUCUAGUAACUGUUUACAUCGCAACCAAAAAGUGGAGAAUCUCCUGAAGCUGUGUAGAACCCUAAAACAGCUGCAUCAGCUUCACGCUCAAUUCCUCACUUCCGGCGGAAACUCUAAUGGUUUCAACCGGAGCUCUGUUUUCGCCAAUAUCCUCUUCGCUAUCACCUCUAUCUCACCGCCGGCGCCGAACGCGGUCGUGAGAUAUGCGUCGUCAGUUUUCAAAUCCAUCACUAACCCAUCGACGUUUUGCUUCAAUUCGAUCAUCAGAGUUUACACUCUCCACGCGCCGUCUCUGUCCCCUCACCGUUUCUUCGUCCAGAUGCGACGUCGCUCUGUUCCUCCCGAUUUCCACACAUUCCCUUUCGUAUUCAAAGCUUGUGCAAAGAGCAACGCUAGUCUCACAUUAGCCAAGACGCUGCAUUGUCAAGCUUUGCGAUUCGGAUUGUUAUCUGAUUUGUUCACAUUGAACACUCUGAUUCGCGUUUACUCAUCGAACACCUCGAUCAAUAGUGCCUUGCAGCUGUUCGACGAAAAUCCUCAGAGAGACGUUGUCACGUACAAUGUGUUGAUCGAUGGGUUAGUGAAGGCCCGCGAGGUUGUUCGUGCACGAGAGCUGUUCGAUACAAUGCCGUUUCGCGAUUUGGUAUCUUGGAACAGCCUCAUCGCUGGGUAUGCUCAGAUGAAUCAGUGCAGAGAAGCGAUCAACCUCUUCGACGAAAUGAUCGGUUCAGGUUUCAAACCGGAUAACGUCGCGAUUGUCUCGACUCUUUCAGCUUGUGCGCAAACAGGGGAUUUGGAGAAAGGGAAAGCUAUUCAUGAUUACACGCAAAGGAACAGACUUUUCGUAGACUCGUUUUUAGCUACCGGAUUGGUUGAUUUCUACGCGAAAUGUGGUUUCAUCGAUACAGCGAUGGAGAUCUUCAGCGUAUGUUCAGAUAAAACUCUGUUCACGUGGAAUGCGAUGAUCACUGGUCUUGCGAUGCACGGUAACGGAGAGCUAACAGUUGAUUACUUCUAUAGGAUGGUUAGUUCUGGUGUUAAACCAGAUGGAGUAAGCUUCAUAAGCGUUUUAGUUGGUUGUAGCCAUUCUGGUUUAGUUGAUGAGGCCAAGAGACUUUUCGACCAAAUGGGAUCUUUGUAUGAUGUUGAGAGAGAGAUGAAGCAUUAUGGUUGUAUGGCGGAUUUGCUUGGAAGAGCAGGGUUGAUCGAGGAAGCAGCGGAGAUGAUUGAGCAAUUGCCUAGAGAUGGAGGAAACAGAGAGAAGCUCUUAGCGUGGAGCGGUUUGUUGGGCGGGUGUAGGAUCCAUGGGAACAUUGAGGUCGCAGAGAAAGCUGCAGAGAGAGUUAAGGCGUUGAGUCCUGAGGAUGGAGGAGUUUAUAAAGUGAUGGUGGAAAUGUAUGCUAAUGCAGAGAGAUGGGAGGAUGUGGUUAGGGUUAGGGAAGUGAUGGAGAGUGACGAGAAAGUUAAGAAGAAUGCUGGAUUUAGUAAAGUUUUGUCCUAA